UUGCGACAAGAAUGAGUGGGCGUGUGCGAUCGCGAUAUAGGGCGGGGUAACCGUGCCUGCGUCUUGCUCGCUUUAGUCUGUUGUGCUCCCACCGACCAUCGCCCCACCGUUGCGUGCUAACCCCAGCGCCGACGAGCACGAAAUCCGCCCUGACUCUGGCGAACCGUGCCCAACUGCACCCGCUAGUCCGUCCCCCCUCCUUCCGGACGGUAUAAAGACCAGGACUUGGUAUCCGGGCUAUCUCCGAGCUCGAGAACCUCGACUCCCACUCCGCGCCUUUGCAAUUAAGUGCAAUGCCUUCCUCUGCGAAGGACACCGCGAAGAAGCUGGGCAAACGGGUCGUCCACGCACCGGACGACCCGCCUCCCGUCGUCUCCGUCCGCGACUGGAUCCGGGGCCUUUCUGACGAUCCGAAGCGCGACGUCAUCAAUUACUUCCGCAGUCUCUUCCCUAUCUUCGGAUGGAUAACGCGCUACAACUUGGGAUGGGCCACCGGUGAUCUCAUUGCCGGCUUCACGGUCGGCAUGGUGGUCGUGCCCCAGUCCAUGUCGUACGCGCAGAUCGCAACGCUUCCCUCUCAAUAUGGUCUUUACAGCGCCUUCGUCGGCGUCUUCGUCUACUGCUUGUUCGCCACCUCCAAGGAUGUCUCUAUCGGUCCGGUAGCCGUCAUGAGUUUGACGGUUUCGCACAUCAUCAAAAACGUCCAGGAUGCCCACGGAGACAGAUGGGAUGGCCCUCAGAUUGCCACCACUGUUGCCUUCAUCUGUGGCUUCAUCGUUCUCGGCAUCGGUCUGCUACGCCUUGGUUGGAUCGUCGAGUUCAUUCCCGCACCUGCCGUCUCCGGUUUCAUGACCGGUUCCGCGAUUAACAUCGUUUCUGGCCAAGUCCCCGGUCUCAUGGGCAUCACCGGUUUCGACACUCGCGCCGCAACCUACAAGGUCAUCAUCAACUCCCUCAAGGGGCUCCCGCGAACGAAGAUGGACGCCGCGUUUGGGCUCACUGGGCUCGUCUCGUUGUACCUUAUUCGCAUCACCUGCGAUCUCCUGACGAAGCGCUACCCUCGCCGCGCCCGCGUCUUCUUCUUCAUUUCGGUCUUCCGUAACGCUUUCGUCGUGCUCGUCCUCACGAUUGCGUCCUGGCUCUACUGCCGCCAUCGCAAGAGCGCGUCCGGCAAGUACCCAAUCAAGAUCCUGAAGACUGUCCCCUCCGGCUUCCGCCACGUCGGCCAGCCGAACAUCGACCCAGCUCUCGUCUCCGCCCUCGCGGGCGAGCUCCCCGUCGCGACGAUCAUCCUCCUCCUCGAGCACAUCGCCAUCUCCAAGUCGUUCGGUCGCGUCAACAACUACAAGAUCAACCCCAACCAGGAGCUCAUCGCCAUUGGCGUCACGAACACCGUCGGCACCUGCUUCGGCGCCUACCCGGCCACCGGCUCCUUCUCGCGUUCCGCGCUCAAGUCCAAGUCGGGCGUGCGCACGCCGCUCGCGGGCAUCGUCACCGCGCUCGUCGUUAUCGUCGCGCUCUACGGCCUCACCCCCGCCUUCUUCUGGAUCCCGACCGCGGGUCUGUCCGCCGUCAUCAUCCACGCCGUCGCCGACCUUGUUGCUUCCCCGCCGCAGGUGUACAACUACUGGCGCGUCUCCCCGCUCGAGUUCGUCAUCUGGCUCGCCGCCGUCCUCGUCACCGUCUUUUCCACGAUCGAGAACGGCAUCUACACCUCCAUCUGCGCCUCGCUCGCUCUCCUCCUCGUCCGCAUCGCCCGCCCGCGCGGAUACUUCCUCGGCAAGGUCCGCGUGCGCCCGGAGCCGAGCGGCGAUGCCGAGGCGCGCGACGUCUACGUCCCGCUCCAGACGGAGAACGGCGUGCUGAACCCGCACGUCAAGGUCGACCCGCCCUCGCCGGGCAUCAUCGUCUACCGGUUCGAGGAGAGCUUCCUCUACCCGAACUCGUCCCUCGUCAACAGCGCGAUCGUCGACUACGCGAAGGAGCACACGCGCAGGGGCCGGGAUAUCGCCGCCGUCAGCCUCAGCGACCGCCCGUGGAACGACCCGGGCCCGCGCCGCGGCACGUCCGAGGAGGACGCGGAGGAGGCAAGGCGCGUGCGGGCGAAUAAGCCGCUGUUGCACGCCGUCGUGCUCGACUUUUCGGGCGUGUCCAACAUCGACACGACGGGCGUGCAGGCGCUCGUCGACACCCGCACCGAAGUCGAGCGGUGGGCGGACCGUCCUGUCGAGUUCCACUUUGCGACCAUCCUGUCUCCGUGGAUCCGCCGCGCACUGAUCGCGGGCGGCUUCGGCGCCGGUGCGGGUUCCGCCGUCGGACACGAGAUCGCCGCCGUCGUGCCGUACCGCGAGGGGCACCGCGACGAGACCGCGCGCCGCCGCGAGGAAGACGCACGGAUCGAUGACCUCGACCUCGAGAGCGGCGCGGGCGCCCACCACCACCGCCGGCAGCCCAAGUUCCACGCGGUCGAGGUGUCGGAAGCGGCCGUCGGCUCGUUCGAGAGCAUCGUGCCGGCGGACACGCCGUUCUUCCACCUCGAUCUGGCCGGCGCGGUGCGCGCCGCCGAGGCGGGGUUGAAGGGUUCGGAGGCGACGGAUUCGGCCGUGAGCUCGUUGAAGGGAUACCCGCGCGACGAGAAGCGGACGUCGGACGAGGCUUGAUCGAAGGUGAAAACACCGAAGAGUCAAAGAAAAUCUAGACGGUUCGGAAUCCGUUCCCUUGGUUUGCGUGCGGUGCUCGAUGUUUGUGACGAACCCUCUCACGACUUUUUUUUCUUCUUAACGCAUCGCUAUAUUGGAAGGUUCAUGUAGUAGCGCAAUUGUACAACAGUAGUCUGUACCAACAGGAUUAAUUGGAACGGGAAAUAAGUUCCCG